CACAGACCAGCUUGAUGAAACAGUAAGAACACAUCCUACUUCUUUUGUCUGGAGAACCAUAGACUGACUUUAACUGCAGAAAAGCUCAGAAUUUUUGCCAGACUGUCUUUCUGGUUUUGAUGUGGAAUGUAAACAUUCUGAUCCUGAGGGAUCACAGAGAAUUAAGCCUGCUUUUUUCAGCCCAGAAUAUAUUUUACUUUCAAAGUUUUGCAGGGUUGAGAGAAACCCAUCAGUUAGGAGAACUCUUUUCCAGGAUCCUGCUAUUUGGUCCAUUGCUUGGCCAAACCUCUCUGUAUCCAGCUUCGUUGGCAACUCAGAGCAUAACCAUUCCUCCAAGGGGAAACAACUGUAGCCUCUUAUUGGACUGUUCACAUAGAUACUCUUACAUGGUUAAACAUAGGAUAAACUGGACUGUGCAUCGAUUUCAUUCCAGAGCUGAAACCAGCACACUUCCACUGCCUACACCUGCCUACACCUGCCCUAGGCUCUGUAAAAGAGCCAGUGUUUGCCAUUUUAACCCAGACCAACAGUGCUGACUUUCCACUCUUCACCAUCCACAAUAGCACAGACCAAUACACCAUGGGAAAUGAAACCACAGACUUCACCGACUGGCCGCUGACAACAGAAUUUGACUACGGUGAUUCAACACCAUGCACGGGAACUGAGGAAAAGCACUUUGCAGCGAAAUUUUUGCCACCUCUUUAUUCUUUAGUGGUGAUAUUUGGCCUGACAGGCAACAUGCUUGUUGUCCUUAUCCUGGUAAAAUACAAGAGGCUGAAGAGUAUGACUGACAUCUACCUGCUCAACUUGGCAGUUUCUGAUCUGCUGUUUGUAUUUUCGCUCCCUUUUUGGGCUUAUUACGCAGUUCACGACUGGGUUUUUGGGGAGGCGCUGUGUCGAAUUCUGUCAGGUGUCUACCUCCUUGGCUUUUACAGUGGCAUCUUUUUCAUAAUCCUGUUGACCCUGGACAGGUACCUGGCCAUAGUGCAUGCGGUGUUUGCUUUGAAAGCCAGGACAGUCACCUACGGCAUCCUCGCCAGCGUUGUCACUUGGGCUGUUGCUACUCUUAUUUCCGUCCCUGGGGUAGUAUUUCACAAAACUCAGAAGGAAAGUUCACGUAGUACUUGCAGUGCUCAUUUUCCAAGUGAUUCCACUAUAAAUUGGAAGUACUCUUUUAUUUUAAAGAUGAACAUUCUGGGACUUAUUGUUCCAAUGUUCAUUAUGAUUUUCAGUUACUCACAAAUUCUAAAAACAUUAUUGAGAUCUAAAAAUGAGAAAAAACAGAAGGCAGUCAGACUUAUUUUUGUAAUCAUGAUUUUUUACUUCAUCUUCUGGACACCAUUCCAUAUUUCUUCUUUUUUGCAUACAUUUCAAAAUUCAUUUUUCAUCCCAAAUUGUGAACUUAAAGGCCAACUGGAGAAGGCAAUUCAAGUGACAGAAACAAUCUCAAUGAUCCACUGUUGCAUCAAUCCUGUGAUCUAUGUGUUUGUUGGAGAAAAAUUUAGGGCAUAUCUUUAUACCUUUUUCCGAAAGCAUGUCGCACCUCACUUUUGCAAAAAAUGUCCAAGUCUUUAUCGUGAAAAACUGGAAAGAGCCAGUUCAACAUUCACACAAUCCACUGCAGAGCACGACAUCUCUACUGGACUGUAAAAAUACAUUACAUCAGAACAUUAGUUAGCAAAUUUUGCAUCACUUGCUUUGCCUUAAGGAGUGCCUGACACUAUUUAAGAUCUUUGUGUUGACCACUGCUGAAAACUGUAUGACCCCCUAUUCUUGUGGUCAACUGCCCCCUGAGAUUACAGCAUUUUCCAUUGCUAAACUCAGAGAAUCAAUGAGUUCUCCAGGAAACAUUAACUGCAUAGCUGGGUCACAUCAAGUUUUAAACAGGGCCCAGACGAAUAUGUGUGCCUUUUUACAAAAAUCUGUCCACUGAGAUUUACUGAGGGGGAAAUACAAUAUUGAAAAUCUGAAGGGUAAUAGGUCAUCUCACAAGAUCUUACUGGGACCGUUUAACCCAAGGAUUUUUCUGUUUUUCUGAUAGUGCAGUCGUUUUUAAACAUAAUCCUUUAACAGUUAUAACUAAGUUAUAGCAUUUUGAUUUUUGGUUUUUAAUUUUAUGUCUGUCAUAUCACCAUUCAGUUGCUGACUUUUUCCAAAGUGUUCUUUUAAUCAGCAAUGCGAUUUUUGUGGGUGCAGUUUUUCAAGAAACUGCACACACCAAGUUUACUGACUGCACAAGACAAUGAUGCACUCCUAAAAAGUGUGAGCUUGUUUCUGACAAGUCAUAUCACUCCAGGAAAAAAAAA